UUUUAUUUUGAAGCCUGCAGCCGGAGGAAGUGUGCCGCUGGAGGCGUCGUGUCGCUGUGUAACUUGACGGAUGAGUCCUCGGCAGGAAACUUCACAGACUCUCAGCGACUUUCUCGGGACUUCCAAACUCCGAAGCGGCGGCAGCUUCUGUCGAAAACCGGCGAAAUUCGCCCGCGGACAGCUGUGUGAGGACUUUUUGGGGGAACUUUCCGUGUUUCUCGGCCGUUUUUCGGGCAGCUCGCUGACGGAGACACGGAGUUCCUGCGCCGUUAACCGUGUCGCGGUUAGCUCUGCCCGUUACUUGGCGCUGAGGAAGCUAACCGAGCUAACUGCUAUCCAACUUCCACCGACGCUCGGCUCUCUGUUCCGGCUUCUUUCUGGGGCUUUUCGCCUUAAUUUGACCGGACCUCGGCGGCAACCACUUCCCAGCGAACUUUUAAAAAAUGGAGGCGGAAAGCAGCUAACGGUUCGGGAACAGAGAAGCUCCACUCUCCGCCGUUUUCGCCACCUCUGCCGGGUUCGAGUCGACAGCCCCAGGUCAGGAUGCCCGGAGACUCCGCCGUGAACUUCAGCCUCCUGCACCGGACCUGCAAGCUGGUGGUGCUGCUGUGCCUCCUCCACAUCUCCGUCACCGUCUUCUUUUACGUCCGCUCUCUGGACCUGCGCUUCGCCUUCGUCCAGAACCAGCAGUCCCAUCAUCACAAUGUGACGGCCGCCACUUUCACUUCCCGAACCGAGUCGAAGGUGGAGCAGGAGGUCCGGCAGCAGGAGCAGCCACGGCCCGGUGGGAAGGAGGAGGAGCCGCAGAAGAAGCUGGAGAAGUGCCCCGAGACAUCCCCUCUGCUCGUGGGUCCUCUGCGGGUCGAGUUCAACAUACCUGUGAGCCUGCAGCAGAUAAAGAAGGACAACCUCCGGGUGCAGCCGGGCGGACGCUUCAGGCCCGCGGACUGCGAGGCGCUGCAGAAAGUCGCCAUCAUCAUCCCAUUCCGCAAGCGAGACGAGCACCUCAAGUUCUGGCUGUACUACCUGCACCCCAUCCUGCAGAGGCAGCAGCUGGACUACGGGGUCUACGUCAUCAACCAGGACGGAGACGAGAUCUUCAACCGAGCAAAGCUGCUGAAUGUUGGCUACACAGAGGCUCUGAAGGAGUACGACUACAACUGCUUCGUGUUCAGCGACGUCGACCUCAUCCCCAUGGACGACCGCAACACCUACAGGUGCUUCAGCCAGCCGAGACACCUGUCUGUGUCCAUGGACAAGUUUGGCUUCAGGUUACCUUACAAUCAGUAUUUUGGUGGCGUGUCGUCGAUGAGUAAAGAGCAGUACUUGAAGAUCAAUGGUUUCCCCAACAACUACUGGGGCUGGGGAGGGGAGGACGACGACAUCUACAACAGGUUGGCAUCCAAAGGCAUGUCCAUCUCCAGGCCCAGCGGAGACGUGGGAAAGUGCCGCAUGAUCCGACAUGACAGAGACAGGCAGAAUGAGCCCAACCCUCAGAGGUUCGACCGGAUCGCUCACACCAGAGAGACCAUGAACAAAGACGGCAUCAACUCUCUGUCCUACCGGGUGGUGAGUGUGGACAAGCUGGACCUGUUCACCAAGAUCACCGUGGACGUGGGCAGGCCCUGAGGGGCCCUGAGGGGCCCUGAGGGGCUGGGAACGGGAUUGCUGCAGUGAAAACCACAUGGUGCCUCUGACACUUGAAGCCUUACGUUCUGGUUCUGGUUCUGGACCGGAACUGCUGGACACUUGUUUUGCACAGACUGCGCUGCCUCGAGGACCCGUCUCUGAUUGGUCAGCUGUAAACCAAUCAGCCUGCAUCAGAUGCUGCUGCAGCUGCAACACGUUUUGAACAGGCUUUUAUUUUGAAAAACAAUCAGAUCCGCCCUGCUGGGUCACUUGGUAUGGUCCGCUGCUGGGGAUUGUGGGUAACACACAGGAUGGGUUCACAUCUGGUUCUGGUCUUGGUUGUGGGUUAGGUCUGUGUUCUCAUGAUGGUCCAGGUCCUGGCUCCGGUUAAAUUUGUGGCCCUUGUUUGGGUGUCCUUGUCCAGAUCCUGUUCCUGGUCCAGGUCCUGGGUCAUGAGGUCUGCACUACAAAGCCAGUUCAGCAUAUCCACACGAUCAUUUCACUGUCUGGCUUAAUUCAACCGAAGCACCGCAAACAGGAUGAGCCGUCUUAUGACAGCUCAGUAAGUCAACAAUAGGAGGCGGAGCUGAUAGCAGAGGACCAAUCACACGUCUGCUAGCACGAGUCAGGAACAAAGUGUAAAAUCAGAGGAAUACAGAGAUUGUAAACACAAAAUACUGACUAAAACAAGAGUGCUGCAGCAGCCAAAGUGAACUUAUCAAUAUUACUACAAAAUGAUGAGGGCGGAGUGGAGUUGUACUUUUUAGUAAAUGACUGUUGUGUAGAUGUGUGGUUCUGGCAUUCAGCCUCACAUGGUUUUAUCUUUUUUAUUCAUUCAGCUGCUUGGCAGUUUUAAAUGGUUUUGGAGAACAAAUAUAGGAACAUGAUUCAAACGGAUAAUCAGACUUUAUAGUAAAUCGUACGAGGUUUGAGUGUUUUAAUGAGGUGGAGGUGCCGCCCUGUGUUAGGAUCACAUGGCUGUGACAUCACUUGCAGCAGGGCUCCAGACCCACUUUCUUUAAUUUAUUGAUUUAUUUUUAGUAGAGCAAAGGGCCAUGAGCGGGAGUCGAA